CUUAAUCCCUUGAAAUACUCUCAAAAUUUUGUUCAUCUUUGCCAGGGUGAGGAUCCGUUCUGGAAGAAAAAACCACAGGAUAAACCGGCAAAACCACAAGACAAACCGGCAAAGCCACUUCGCCCGAAGACCAAGGUUGUUAAAAAACCUGCCAAGAAAAGGACCACUGCGUCUUCCGAGCCAAAUGCUGAUGCUGAUGUGGCUAAUCCAGACUUAGAGGACGACGCUGAAAGCAGUCAAGCCGACGACGUAGAGACGCAACAACACGAAGCUCGCCGCACAACCCGGCACAGCGGCCAGGUAGUUACCUCCGCAGGUUUACCGAAUACUUCGGUUCGAAAACUCCGAUCAGAGGGUACUUCCCACUCAUCUUCUGGCAAGUCAUCAGCCACAAAGCUUCCACCCCUCAAAACAGUUCCUGGUGCCAAACCAAGACCCAGCAAGAAGGCUCGGCUAACUAAACCGGCUGACGAUAAUGUGGUUGUUGAACCGGAAAAGACUCCAGAUCCGGAAGAAACCAAUGCUGACGCCAUGCUUAAUGAUCCGCCGCCUCAAGACCAUGACUUCUUUGCUGAACAAGUAGAAGUUGACACCACAAGCCAUGCUGACAAGGCGACCAGCCCUGUCCGAACUGAUGAUAAACCGGUCAGUCCAGCUAAGGAUACUAAUAAACUGCCCACUCCAGUGAAGGCUGCUGAUGAUAAAGAGGAUGAUGUUAUGAUUACUAGCUUUGGCCAUACCGCUCCUGGCAAUCCUGUCGCUUUAUCCAAACACAGCGCCAAGGACGAACUUUCUACCAUGGGCAAAGGCAAAUGGAGCACAGAUCUGUCAAGCUAUGCCCACCUCAACUCCCAAGACAUUCAUUCUGGUUUUUUAAACCGUCUGUACACAAGCCGCGACUUUGAAGCCGUCUUAGUAAAUCUGAUGAAGGAGCGAUAUGAGGCUGAGCUGAGCAAAAAGGAAGCUCAAACCGCUGAUCUGCAAGAAAACAUCAAGUCCCAGCAAGCCGAAACCUCCAAAGCCAAGGAUGAGCUGUCCGGCGCUUUAGCCGCUAUGGAAAAACUGAAGGAGAGUUUCAACAAAGAGCGGGCGGAUUGGGACACAGAAAAAUCCGCUUUACAAAAAAGAGUCGAGGAUGCCGAAGCCGCUCUUAAACCGGUAGUAGAUGAGCUAACUGGCGUAAAACGGCAGAUACAUGCCAUGACUGCUGCUGUGUUCGGAACUUGCAUUAGUCAUCUGGGCUCCGACGUACAGAAGAAGCUGAAGGCCGCCUACACUUUGAUAGAGCAGUUGUAUACCGGCGCGCAACGAAUCAUCUGCACCGCUUCUCACAAUAAAUCGCCCCCAAUGUUAAUCAAGGAUACCUUAGAAAGGCUGUCUAUGCUGCCUGCCCGAGUUGAAGAACUAAAGAGAUCUGCUGCAAGGGCUGGUGCUCUGACCGCACUAACCCGGGCAAAGGCAUGGGUGCCUGACCUUGAUCCGGAGGAUGUCAGCAAAGGCUAUCCGAGCUUAAAAGAAGACGGAUCAGAAUUCGGAAAUGAGGAACUCCGAGCCAUAAACCAGGAAGUACGUCCACUGGCUUGCCAAUUAGCUGAAGAAGGUGAUCUUUCACAUUAUCAGGCGAGUUAUGACAUCCACAACAAACGGGUUGCUGCACCAACUCCAGAGGUUCAAAAUCUCAUCCCGCCAAUUCGUAAGCAUACCUAUGCCCCUGACAUUGAACUGUCCACCCUUAUAAGCGACGAAGCUGUGUUCCAAGCCCUAACUGGGAUCGACUGGACAACUAUUGACUUCCAGCCACUGGGUAGAGACGAAGAGGAUGAACCGGCGCAAGAUGAUCCGCAGCCGUCAGGUCAAGAUGGUGAUGAAGCAUGAUCCGAAAGCCGGUUUAGCCUUCCGCGUGCCAUAACAAUUAUCAAAAAACAAUUAUUCUUUUGGGCACUGAAACGCCUUGUAAUAGGUAGUUAAAACACUUGGUCUGCUAUGCCAUCGUGCAUAUUUAUCUGUGCCUGACAUUUUUGCUAAUCCACCAUACUUAAGACAUUUGAUGUUCAUAAUCCAUAGCAAUUUAUUCAAGCUAUCCCUGCAGACA